AUGAGGGGGUUCGGUAAACAUGAACGACGGUGGGGCUCCGACACAGUGGUCACCGGGAAUUUAUUUAGUGAAGGAUCAUCGCCAGGAACAGACACCGGUGUUUCAUCUACCGAGGAAUUUGUUGAAGUCACACUCGAUCUUCAAGACGAUGAUACGAUUAUCCUACGAAGUGUUGAACCGGCAACCGUUAUUAAUAUUGACAAUAACAAUGACUUUGUUACUGGAUUCUCCGGGAUGGACACUCCGUCGUCGGCGUCGGCUUCGGUGUCAGCUUCGCGAUCGCCGAUUAUGCGCCGGAGCUCUUCGAAUAAGCUUCUCCAACUUUCUCAGGAAUUGAAAGCUGAAGCGGUGGCGAAAGCGAAGCAUUUCUCGCAGGAGCUCAAAGCCGAGCUAAAGAGGUUUUCGUGGAGCCAUGGGAAUGCAUCACGUAUACUUUCCAGCGGCGCGAGUGGCGGAGGAACCAGUGGAUUGGACUCAGCUCUGGCGGCGCGAGCCAUUCGCCGCCAGCGCGCUCAGCUGGAUCGCACUCGCUCCGGUGCGCAGAAGGCUCUGCGGGGGCUGAAAUUCAUCAGUAAUAGCAAAAACAACCACGUAAAAGCCUGGGAUGAGGUUCAAAACAAUUUCGAUAAACUCGCCAAAGAUGGCUUCCUUCAUCGCGCCGAUUUUGCACAAUGCAUAGGGAUGAAAGAUUCAAAGGAGUUUGCAUUGGAAAUAUUCGAUGCAUUAGGCAGACGGAGAAGAUUGAAGGUCCAGAAGAUUAACAGAGACGAGCUUUAUGAAUUUUGGUCACAAAUUACGGAUCAAAAUUUCGAUUCUAGGCUCCAGAUUUUCUUCGACAUGGUGGACAAGAAUGAAGAUGGUCGGAUCACGGAAGAGGAAGUCAAGGAGAUUAUUAUGCUGAGUGCAUCUGCAAAUAAGUUAUCGAGAUUAAAAGAGCAAGCAGAGGAGUAUGCCGCUUUGAUAAUGGAAGAGUUGGAUCCUGAAAGACUCGGUUACAUUGAGCUCUGGCAGCUGGAGACUCUAUUGUUACAAAAGGACACGUACCUAAAUUACAGUCAAGCCCUCAGCUACACAAGCCAGGCACUGAGUCAAAAUCUUCAUGGACUUAGAAAUAGAAGCCCAAUAAGGAGAAUGAGCACAAAACUGGUCUAUUUCUUGCAAGAAAAUUGGAGGAGAAUUUGGGUACUUCUGGUGUGGAUUUUGAUAAUGAUUGGGCUUUUCUUGUGGAAGUUUUUUCAGUACAAACAGAAAGAUGCAUACAAAGUUAUGGGAUACUGCCUCCUCACGGCUAAGGGUGCUGCAGAGACCCUCAAAUUCAAUAUGGCACUCAUUUUAUUGCCUGUAUGCAGGAACAUUUUAACCUGGAUGAGGUCUUCUAAGUUGGGGUACUUUCUUCCCGUCGAUGACAACAUCAAUUUUCACAAGACUAUUGCUGCAGCCAUUGUAAUUGGUGUAAUACUCCAUGCUGGCAACCACCUCACGUGUGAUUUCCCGAGGCUAAUAAAUGAACCCGAGGAUAUUUAUAAGCGCUAUUUUGGACAUGACUUCGGUAAUAGAGUCCCCACGUACAUAGACCUUGUUAAAGGAGUUGAGGGUGUGACAGGAAUCCUAAUGGUGAUAUUCAUGUUGGUUGCUUUCACGUUGGCCACUCGGUGGUUCAGACGGAGCCUUAUUAAGUUGCCUAAGCCAUUUGAUAGGCUCACUGGCUACAAUGCUUUCUGGUAUUCACACCACUUGUUCAUCCUUGUCUACAUUUUGCUCAUAAUCCAUGGCACGUUCCUUUAUCUCGUGCAAGGAUGGUACAGAAAAACGACGUGGAUGUAUCUUGCGGUUCCUGUACUCCUAUACUCUGGGGAAAGGGUUUUCAGAUUCUUCAGGUCAGGAUUUUGUGAUGUUCGACUUCUGAAGGUUGCCAUUUAUCCUGGAAAUGUGCUCACAUUACAAAUGUCUAAGCCUUCCCAAUUUCGAUACAAGAGUGGACAAUACAUGUUCGUCCAGUGCCCAGCCGUUUCUCCAUUUGAAUGGCAUCCAUUUUCCAUCACAUCCGCUCCUGGAGACGACUACCUUAGUAUUCACAUUAGACAGUUAGGUGACUGGACACACGAACUUAAGAGAGUAUUCUCAGAGGCUUGUGAGCCUCCAAUGGGUGGGAAGAGCGGGCUACUUAGAGCUGACGAGACGACAAAAAAAAGUUUACCGAAGCUACUAAUAGAUGGACCAUAUGGAGCUCCUGCACAAGAUUACCAAAAGUAUGAUGUCCUUCUACUUGUUGGACUUGGAAUUGGAGCAACACCUUUCAUCAGCAUUCUAAAAGAUUUGUUGAACAAUAUUGUCAAAAUGGAGGAGCAAGCAGAUUCGAUUUCAGGUUCCAGUAGGCAUUCAGAUCAGAGCGUUGGUUCUGAUAAUUCUUCCUCUCACAACAAGGUUUCUCCAAAAAAGAAGAAAACUCUGAAAACAACAAAUGCUUACUUCUAUUGGGUAACAAGGGAGCAAGGGUCAUUUGAUUGGUUCAAAGGCGUAAUGAAUGAAGUCGCUGAACUUGAUCAAAGGGGCGUUAUUGAGAUGCAUAACUACUUAACUAGUGUAUACGAGGAAGGAGAUGCACGUUCAGCUCUCAUUACCAUGGUCCAGGCGCUUAACCAUGCUAAAAAUGGGGUUGAUAUUGUAUCGGGUACUAGGGUUAGAACACAUUUUGCGAGGCCUAAUUGGACAAAAGUUCUCUCAAAAAUUGGUACCAAGCAUGCAAAUGCAAGGAUAGGAGUUUUCUACUGUGGGGCACCAGUUUUGGCUACAGAACUCAGCCAACUGUGCUAUGAUUAUAAUCAAAAGGGCUCAACCAAAUUUGAAUUCCAUAAAGAGCACUUCUAG